GCAAGUUGUUUCUCAGCCACUACAUGCAUUAAAAAAAUUGGCUUGGUGUUAUAUGCAAAGAAGAGCAAAGGAAAAAAAGGGAGAGAGACUAUAUUGAAUGCAAGAUCAUGCAAAAAUUACAAAUCUAUGUUUCUAUCUACCUGUUUAUGUUGAUUGUAGCUGGUCCUGUGGAUCUCAAUGAGAGCAGCGAACAAAAAGAGAAUGUGGAAAAAGAUGGACUGUGUAAUGCAUGUACAUGGAGACAAAAUACCAAAUCUUCAAGAAUAGAAGCCAUCAAAAUUCAAAUCCUUAGUAAACUUCGGCUAGAAACAGCUCCUAAUAUUAGCAGGGAUGCUAUAAAACAACUUUUACCCAAAGCUCCUCCACUCCGGGAACUGAUUGAUCAGUAUGAUGUCCAGAGAGAUGACAGCAGUGAUGGGUCUUUGGAAGAUGAUGAUUAUCAUGCUACAACUGAAACAAUUAUUACUAUGCCUACAGAGUCUGAUUUUCUAAUGCAAGUGGAAGGAAAACCCAAAUGUUGCUUCUUUAAAUUUAGCUCUAAAAUACAGUAUAAUAAAGUAGUAAAGGCUCAACUAUGGAUAUAUCUGAGGCCUGUCAAGAAAUCUACAACAGUGUUUGUGCAAAUCCUGAGACUCAUCAAACCCAUGAAAGAUGGUACAAGAUAUACUGGAAUUCGAUCUCUGAAACUUGACAUGAACCCGGGCACUGGUAUUUGGCAGAGUAUUGAUGUGAAGACAGUAUUGCAAAAUUGGCUCAAACAACCUGAAUCCAACUUGGGCCUUGAAAUCAAAGCUUUAGAUGAGAAUGGUCAUGAUCUUGCAGUCACCUUCCCAGGACUAGGUGAAGAUGGAUUGAACCCCUUUUUAGAGGUCAGAGUUACAGACACACCAAAAAGAUCUAGAAGAGAUUUUGGUCUUGAUUGUGAUGAACACUCAACAGAAUCUCGAUGCUGCCGUUACCCUCUAACAGUAGAUUUUGAAGCUUUUGGAUGGGACUGGAUUAUUGCACCCAAAAGAUAUAAGGCUAAUUACUGCUCUGGAGAAUGUGAAUUUGUAUUUCUACAAAAAUACCCUCACACUCAUCUUGUUCACCAAGCAAAUCCUAGAGGUUCAGCAGGACCCUGCUGUACUCCUACUAAGAUGUCUCCAAUAAAUAUGUUAUAUUUUAAUGGAAAAGAACAAAUAAUAUAUGGAAAAAUUCCAGCCAUGGUAGUAGACCGUUGUGGGUGCUCAUGAGCUUUGUGUUAGGUUCAUUACUUCAUAAAAUAUGGAAGGUUUCCCCUCACCAAUUUCUGAAACUGUGAAAUUAUGUACAAUAGGCCACAAAAGGCCUAGAGUACAUUACAGAUUCACCAAGGCACAAGUUACCAUAUAUGAACUAGAAGAAGAGAAUAAAUGCAGUGGUUGGUAUUUAACCUUCAAAAGAAAAGUUAAUCAAAAUAUUUUAAUUUCCUUUUUGAACAAAAAGGAAAUAAUAUUUCACAUAUGAUCAUCUAUCAUCACAUGCAGGUAAAUAAAAGCAACUCUCGUGUCCCAAUGAAUUGAAGAAAUGAACCUUAAAAUGCAUUUCUUCACAGCUUCACUUAAAAUCAAUCAGAAAAUUUCUAUACAGUAAUGGGAUAAUGUAGAGUUGUUACAUAUCAUUUACAUUUUCCUCAAACACUUGAAUUUUUAGUGUAUAACAGUAUACUUGGUAAGAUGAAAUUCCAUGAAAGUAGAAGAAUACAGAAAUUAGGAAUGGUACACUAUACAUGUGGUUCCAUUCCUAUACUAAUUAGUACAAUAUGUUAAUAAUCCAAAACAAUGGUGCUAAUACAACAGGCUGAAUGAAAGAUGUUAUUUGGCUGCAAGUAUCCAGCAAAAUAUAUAGCUUCCCCUUUACUCAGGUACCUUUAAAUGGAGUAGGGUUUCUUUAAUAAAAAGAGACAGUUUUCUUUGACAGCUUUCAAGUUUGUAACAUCCCUGGACAGUCUGCAGUCUACUAAAAGGCAAUAAGACAUUAAGCACUUGACAUAUCUUGAAAUGCUAUAUAAAGAUCAACUAUUAUUUUUGUUAUAAUUAAUAAGACAAGUAUAAAUCUUAAUUCAAAAUUCAAAAUUAUAGCCUGCUUUUCUUUCUUUUUAAAAUCAAUACUGCAGUUUGCACUAAAACCAACCAAUGCAAAUCAAUGGUUCUAUCAAUGUUGUAUAAAAAUACUUUAAUACAAUUGCAUUUAUGUGAUAUGUAUACAAGACUUUUGUAAAUAAUGUUUCCUUUUUUAUUUACUGUUGGUAUAUGUUUAUAUUAAGAAAAUUUCAAAUUAUGUAUCAAAGCACAAACAUGUCUUCAAUUAUGAAACAUGAUUGCUUGCAGAGCAAAUUUUAUUAGUGAUUAGUGGACUUGAAAAAAUCCAUAUGCCAAUAGUUAGAUGGUUACAUUACAAUCAUUUUAUAUUUUUUUACAUUAUUGACAUCCUUUUAUGGAGUCACAAUGACUGUAUAAUGUGAAUAUGCAAUUUUGAUGGUUUACUGUCAAUAUAAUAAAAUCAUAACGUUCCAUGAUUUUAAUACUAUAUUGAUAAACAUUAUUGACCAUACCAAAAACCUUUAAUUUUAUUGUCUCUAUAGGCAAAAAAAACAACAAAAAAAAAAAAAACAAAAAACCAAACUGUUGAUCUUUCCAAUAAAAUAUUGCAAACUUUAUUUUAUAAUUCCAUACUAAAUAUACUUCUUCAUAUGCUUAUAUUUUAUCAAUCAGGUAUUGCAAAGAUAAAUUUUUUGAUAUGAAAUGUAUUGAGAAUCACCAUAAGUUAUAUUAAAAUGUUUUCAUCUUUAUGGUAAGAUGCAAAAGUUCUUAUGUUACAAUGAUGUAUUCUGGAUUUCUGGUUUUCAACUUAUCAUCCUUUAUUGUUUGAGAUUAUAGUAAAAUAUCAACCUGUUAAUUUUCUUCCUCUUUCCCCCCUCUAACUUAUAUUUUAGAAAAUUCUAACUAUUCAACAUUAAAAUUUUUAUUCAAAAUGAAAAACAUAAAUUACUCAUUUACAAAUAUUUAGAAAUUAUAAAGCUGUUCAAGUUUUGAGUGGAUUUCCCUUCAAAACUAUGGGUCAUAUUACUUGACAUUACAAAAACAAAUAAUUGAUUACAUCUGUUAUAUUUCCCUUUAUGAUGACCUGGGGUACUAUUUUCAUAGAUUCAAUUUCCAAGUGAAUCAUAAUGGGCAGGAGUAUAGGAUAUUAGAAUUACAUAGAGGACACCAUGAAGCCACAUGCUUCUCUUGGUUUUAUGGAAUAUAUGUAGUUUUUCCUAUGGGUACAAAGAACUUUCUGAAUUGCAAAAUAUUAACCAAGUUCUUUGACAUCCUAAAUGCAAUAUUCAAUAUACACAAAAUAAUAUUUUAACUCCUAAUAGAAUGGGGACAAAUAACCAUUAAACCUAAAGGAAGAAUUAAUUGAAUUUUCUUUAAUACCACUAAUUACUAAGUAAACUUCUAUUCCUCAGGGCUUGAAAAGAUCCAUGAUGUAGUAUCAGUGCUGAACUUGGAGUCAGAAGAUCUGAGUUUCUAUUUCCAGUUCCAAUACUUUCUAGUUUUGUAGGAACAAGUGGUUCAUUUAAUUUCUGAGUCUCAGUUUACUCAUCUAUAAAGAAUAAUAACAUAGUCCACCUACCUCACAGGGCUGUUGUGAGGAAAAUGCUUUGUAAAUUUUAAAAAUACUACAUAAAUAUGAGCUAUAAUGUAUGGUUUCAUCAGUGUGGUAUCUCCUUAUACUAGUACAGAUCACAGUCCUUCUAUGCUUUUGUAGAUGAUCUUUGUGAGUUGCUAUGGCCAAAAAAAUUUAAGUAAUUAUAUCUUGCAUUAUAUUAUUUUUUAAUUAUAAGAAGUUAAAAGCCUCUUUAAAAUUAGCUAAAUUGAUAUUUGAGCAUAAGGUAAGUAUAUCUCUGGGCAUAUAUGCAAAAAAACUUUUCAAAUAAGUGGAAUUUGCUUGAUCUUAUGCUCCACUGAUACUACCUUAAAGAUAAUAUUCCCUUCACUAUUACAGUGAGGCAUUAGAGUAAAACUUAUUGAACCUACAAUUUUAAUAGAGUUUUUCCUGAACCACUAAAGAAAAUUAUUUACUAUUACUUCCAGCAAUAAUGUCAAUAUAUAAGUACUCUUCAAAAGUUAAUAUUGACACUUCCAUUGAGAAAACUGUGAUUUUAACACCUAAUUAAACAUUUGGGAAAUCAUUAUCCUCAGGACAUUCACAUUUUAUUCAAUAUGUGCAUGAUAUUCAUGAUACAACAUAAUACUAAUGCUAACUAUUAGGCAAAUUCCAUAGGAAAUCUCAUGGAAAAUUUUGACUUGUGGGCCAAACCAAUUCAUGUUUUUCUCUUCUGCAUCCUCUUCUAACAGCAUAUAUGAACCCAAAAGUCACUAUAGUCCCUAUACAUAUUUCCUUUCUAAAAGUAAAUUCAAUUGAUAAAUUGCUUUGAUUAUUUGAAGAUAUUUUCAGAUGUAUAGUUGUUGUUUUUUGCUUAAAAUGGUUGCUGCUAGAGUUUGGUCCAAGAGCCCCGUGUUAUGGAUAUCUUAUCAUUCUAUGUAUGACACUGGAAGGCUCAUGUCACAAUGCUAGCCCUCAGUUUCUUUAUCUAUACCAUGGAAGGCUUGGAUUAGAGGACUUCUAGAAUCUUGUUAGCUCUAAGUUAAUAACUUAAGUAGUAAUUAAUUUCUUUAAAGACUACCUCUUCCUGUACACAUGGAAAACAAAACUGUUGUGUUAUUUUUAAGUCACAAUUAAUCAGCUACAAACAAUUAUGUUAUCAGGAAGUACAUUAAAGACACAAAUCUUAUUCACAUGUGACAAGAAAUAUAAUUUCUGAUAUUAUUGCUAAAUAUAAGGAUAAUUUUAAAUUUCCAAAUAAAACUAUGUAUUUAUGAACACAAACCAAAUCACAAAUAUAGGAAGUCAGAAAAUACUAUUUGAUUUGGAGUCAGAAAGCUUGGCUUCAAGCACCAGGAUAGCCAUAUAUUGCUAGGCAAGUUACUAUCCCUCUUAAGCCUCUGAAUAAUGAUAAAGGGAGAAAAAUAUUUGCAUUACAUACCUACUUAGAUGGUUGUUUUGAAAAAAUGCUCUGUAAACUUUAAAGUACUCUAUAAAUGUGAAUUUAAAUAUUAUUCUAACAAUGGGAGGACAGACUUCGAAAACAAAAAAUCAGAUCUCUUUUCUUUGAAUAAAAUAGUUAAAUGUUUACUUCAUUCUUUAUGAAAGUCCACCUGCUUUUCCGAGUUUUGUAGCACAAAAUAUGUAAAAGGAAAGCAAAAUGUGAUUUUACAUAAACUAUUAUGCUGUGAUAAUACCUAGAGAAAAAACCUUAAUGGAUUAUGAAAUCAGUACCUAUGGGUACCUAAAUUAGAAUAGGGCAGAUAACCAUGCAAUAAUUUUGCAAGUGAUUAUUAAAUUUUCAAUUCAUUUUCUUCUUCAUGUCUUACAGACUUUAAGCAUUCUUAGGAAGGUCAAUAAUUGAAAGCUUCACAAAGAAAAUAGAGUUUCAAGUUUCUGAAACUGUGCUGCCUCCAGGAAAGAGUUCUUUUGUAUAUUCUUUUGUAUACACUUGGUCUAAAGUAGCUGUUUUUUACAUGUUUAUUUCGUCAGUAUCAUUUCCUCAAUAAACACAUCUGAAACAGUGAUCCUCAAUAAACACAUCUGAAACAGUGAUGUUAGAAUCCAAAUGUGGUAGAGCUCCAUUCUCUUUGAUGGUGAAAAGGGUUUCUCAUAAAAUAUCUUUUUUGCAGAUCUUUUCCAUUUUAGGUCUGUCAGUAGUCCUUCUUCCAGUUUCAACUUUAUUUGCCCUUGGGAUAAUUGCUUAAGUAGGCCUCUUUCAAAAAUGACUUCAAAUUUGUUUUUCUUUCUGCUGCUUUUUUCUGUUUUAUGAGUUAAUAAUGCUUAUCAUCCAGUAGCCUUUCUCUUUAAGAUUUUAUAAACAACUUUAUAUUUUAAGGCACUGUUAUCUUUAGCUGCGUCGGUUUACAACUUAGCAAAGGAAGUUGUUUGCUGACUAAAUAGAUUUUUAGGUAUUUCUCAUCACCUCUUUAUGACAACUAAUAUGUAAGGAUGUUCUUUCCUUCAUUUUAUUUCCCAAUUUUUGGGGUGCUAACAAUUUGUGACUUGAAAAACACUAAUGAAAUAUUUGACUAAUAUAGCAAUGUUGAUAACAAAUAUCUCAGAAUGUUAUCCUAUAAUAAUAAUAGAAUUCUGAUGGAGUAGCUCUUUCUUUGUUGAUGUUGGGUUGUGUCAUAUUCUACCUCACUAUCAAAACCCAUUCAUAUCAUCUAAUUCUGGAUAAUUCUUAAUACUCUCUUUAAAAAAAUCCUUAAUAGAAGUUCUACCCAAACACAUUGAUGAUUUUCCUCUUUUUCUUUUGACAUUGCAUGUAUGUCAGUAUAAUGAAUAGGAGGGAACAUUCUAUUACCACCUAAAUUAAUGUAUUCACAGAAGGAAUCUAGAUGGAAUCAAUCAAGAAUGUGAUCAGAAAUUGCUUCCCUUUUGUGGUAUGAAACUCUUAAAUCAGGCCAAAAAGAGAAUAGCUGAUUGGCUAACCAAAUAACCAACCAUGCUUUGAAGGGACUUUAAAUAUUUGGAAAAAUUUCAUCAAUUUGCCAGUCCAGCAGCAGGAACAGUCUAAUGGAAGUUAGAACCAAGGUCCUUUUGAAUUCAUUUUUAGGGUGGGAAGAAGAAAAAAUCUUUAUCUUUAUUUUUUUCUUCUUCCCACCACCAUUGACUAUGUCACAGGAGAGUCAGUCAAGACCCACAGGAAAGAACUCUGAAAAACACAGCAUGAGGACUUUUCAGAGGGAAAAAGGAUUUUCAAUACCAGGAGUUCUGAAUUACCCCUUUGUUCAUGUAUUUUCUGUGGUGUACCUCACCACUAUUGUAUCUUAAGUUUGAUUCUAUUCUUUCCAUGGCAAAUAUGUGUAAUUGUGGGAGUUUGUAUUAAAGUUCUUUACGAGA